CAAUACUUAUAAUGCAGAUUUAACCUACCGAUGUCACUGUGAAUGGUUAUAUAACAAAGACAGAAAAGCCUUUAUUUAUAUAUAUUUUUCUUUUUCUGGUAGGAUUCUUUGAUCUGAGUCGGGGCUGAGAAGAGGUCCCAGCAUGAGCAGGAGAAGGGCAGGGGGGUUCCACCUUCUGCUCCUGACAGGGUUUAUAUUGGUUACACACUGCGAAUUCAUAACAGCCACAGACUCAACAAGUACAGCGGCCUCAAGAACACCGGCUGAAAGAAGUACACUUGCAGGUUCCACAAAAAUGUUAACUCUGUCAACAACUGCAGUUCAAACAGUUGCUGCAUCAGGAACCGGAGUAUCAACAACCAUGGCUUCAACAACAACUGCAGCAACAACAAAUUCAACAUCAACUGCAGAAACAACAAAUUCAACAUCAACUGCACCAACAUCAACUGAAGUGACAACAACUCCAACAUCAACAACUUUAACAUCAACUGCAAAAACAACAACUGCAGCAACAACUCCAACAUCAACUACAGUGACAACAACUCUAACAACAACUGCAGAAACAACAACUCCAACAUCAACUGCAGAAACAACUCCAAUAUCAACUGAAGAAACAACAACUCCAAUAUCAACUGAAGAAACAACAACUCCAACAUCAAAUGCAGAAACAACAACUGCAACAUCAACUGCAACAACAACAACUCCAACAUCAACUGCAGAAACAACAACAAAAACUCCAACAUCAACUGCAGCGACAACUACACCAACAUCAACUUCAGAAACAACAACUUCAACAUCAACUGCAGAAACAACAACUCCAACAUCAACAACUUUAACAUCAACUGCAGAAACAACAACUGCAGCAACAACUCCAACAUCAACUACAGUGACAACAACUCUAACAACAACUGCAGAAACAUCAACUGCAGAAACAACAACUCCAACAUCAACUGCAGAAACAACAACAAAAACUCCAACAUCAACUGCAGCGACAACUACACCAACAUCAACUUCAGAAACAACAACUUCAACAUCAACUGCAGCAACAACUUCUCCAAAAUCUACUGCAGCAAAAACUUCAACAUCAACUGCAGCAACAACUGCAACAUCAACUGCAGAAACAACAACUCCAACAUCAACUGCAGAAACAACUCCAACAUCAACGGCAGCGACAACAAUUUCAAAAUCAACUGCAGAAACAACAAUUUCAAAAUCAACUGCAGAAACAACAACUCCAAUAUCAACUGCAGAAACAAUAACUCCAAAAUCAACUGCAGAAACAACAACUCCAACAUCAACUGCAGCGACAACAACUCCAACAUCAACUGCAGAAAAAACAACUGCAACAUCAACUGCAACAACAACAACUCCAACAUCAACUGCAGAAACAACAACAAAAACUCCAACAUCAAAUGCAGCGACAACUACACCAACAUCAACUUCAGAAACAACAACUUCAACAUCAACUGCAGCAACAACUUCUCCGAAAUCUACUGCAGCAAAAACUUCAACAUCAACUGCAGCAACAACUCCAACAUCAACUGCAGAAACAACAACUCCAAACAACACCAAAAACGCCAACAUCAACUGCAGCGACAACUACACCAACAUCAACUUCAGAAACAACAACUUCAACAUCAACUGCAGCAACAACUUCUCCAAAAUCUACUGCAGCAAAAACUUCAACAUCAACUGCAACAACAACAACAACUUCAACAUCAACUGA